CUCCUAUACCGAUCGGGUUAGCAAAACAAGAGCGCGGCCGACGUGGCAACACUCGCUUGUUUUUCAUUUGACAUUGAAGGUAGCUCGCGAAUUCCAGAAAGGACGUUGGAAAAUCGGCAGGGCCGCUCAUUACCUAUCAAUAGCAAACACGGCGAAGUUGUGGCGCGGUACUCUGGAAAUUUGCCGGAGUCAGAUAAAAGCCUAUUCGACGACCCGACGACUAAGCAGCCGGAUUCGCGGUUAUAAGUGAAGUGUCGCGAGUUUAUAAAAACAGUUCCUCCGCGCUCUCUUUUUCGUGCGCUUUAACCAGCCGCUCGAGUGCUAACGAGUCCUUCCCCGCCUUUUACUCCGCAUCCUCCUGCUGCCUCUUGACUUUUCUACUUGCAAAAAACAAGUACCAUGGCCGGCGCACUUCCUCCGCUUAAUCAGGAGCCAGCGUUCCAGAAACUGCAGGAAUACUUCGAUGCCCAGGGCAAGGACCUGAACAUCAAGGACCUUUUUGUUAAGGAUCCGAAAAGGUUUUCCAAAUACAGCCUGCGCCUGCACACCCAGAACGAUGGAGAGAUACUGCUCGACUACUCGAAAAACCGUAUCAACGAGGAGGUCUGGGAGCUGCUCCUCGCACUGGCCAAGGUGCGCCGCGUGGACGCGGCCCGGGACAACAUGUUCUCCGGCCAGCACAUCAACAUCACGGAGAACCGCGCCGUACUGCACACGGCCCUGCGCAACCGGGGAACGGAUCCCGUCCUGGUGGACGGCAAGGACGUGAUGCCCGACGUGCGGGCAGAGCUGGCCCACAUGAAGGAGUUCACCAACAUGGUCAUCUCGGGCGUAUGGCGGGGCUGCACCGGCAAACAGAUCACCGACGUGGUCAACAUUGGCAUUGGAGGAUCGGAUUUGGGCCCAUUGAUGGUCACCGAAGCACUUAAGCCCUACGGGAAGGGUCUCCACUCCCACUUCGUGUCCAACAUCGACGGUACUCACCUGGCCGAGGUGCUCAAGAAGGUAAACUACGAGACGACUCUGUUUAUCGUCGCCUCGAAGACCUUCACCACCCAGGAGACCAUCACGAACGCCACCUCUGCCAAGACCUGGCUGCUGGAGCAUUCCAAGGAGCCUGAGUCCGUUGCCAAGCAUUUCGUUGCCCUUUCGACCAACAAGGAAAAGGUCACCGAGUUCGGCAUUGACAGCGCCAACAUGUUCGGCUUCUGGGAUUGGGUGGGCGGACGCUACUCACUGUGGUCGGCCAUCGGACUGUCCAUCUGCCUGUCCAUCGGAUUCGAGAACUUUGAGCAGCUCCUGGACGGUGCCCACUACAUGGACAACCACUUCAGGUCCACGCCAUUCGAGAAAAAUGCUCCAGUAAUCCUGGCCUUGCUUGGCAUUUGGUACUCCAACUUCUUCAAGGCGGAAACGCACGCUCUUUUGCCCUACGACCAGUACUUGCACAGGUUCGCGGCCUAUUUCCAGCAGGGUGACAUGGAGAGUAACGGCAAGUUCGUGAGCAAGGCGGGUAAACCCGUGAAGUACAGCACCGGCCCAAUUGUGUGGGGCGAACCGGGAACGAACGGCCAGCACGCCUUCUACCAGCUCAUCCACCAGGGCACCCGCCUGAUCCCCUGCGAUUUCAUCGCCCCCGCCCAAACGCACAACCCCAUUGCCGGCGGCAAGCACCACAAGAUCCUGCUGUCGAACUUCCUCGCCCAAACGGAGGCCCUUGCCAACGGCAAGACUGUCGACGAGGCUCGGGCCGAGCUCUCUAAGGCCGGACUGUGCGGGAACGAGCUGGAUAACUUGCUGCCCCACAAGGUGUUCGUUGGCAACCGGCCGACAAACUCAAUUGUGGUCAAGAAGGUCUCGCCUUUCACCCUGGGCGCGUUGAUUGCGCUCUACGAGCACAAGAUCUUCGUUCAGGGCAUCAUCUGGGACAUAAACUCGUUCGAUCAGUGGGGCGUUGAGCUGGGCAAGCAGCUGGCCAAGGCCAUUGAGCCCGAGUUGGACCACUGCAACGAGGUCUCCACGCACGACAGCUCCACAAACGGUUUAAUUAACUUCAUCAAAGCCAAUUGGAAGUAAUCAUGUCUGGCUGUUUUGUUGCAAAUUAAAUGAAAUGUUCACACAAAUGCUCUAAUUGUUAGUAGUUUCUGAGCCGUUAUUGAGUAGUAGCUUCGUAUGUGUACUCAAGCUACAGACCCCUUGUUAUUGGCACAUUACUCAACUGUAUUUAUGAACUGGAAAUGUUUGUUUGCUUGCGUAUCGAUAAAAUCUCGUGUCAGAAUUAGACCAACAAUUGGCUCACCAUAUUCGUUGUUGCAUGUAGUUCAAAACCACAAAUAAAAUUAAUAAUUUCGGUGUAGAAAAGUGUGUUUGGAAAA